AUUCUCUUUUCUCCGACCGACCUGAGGAACAGGAACUGAUGUUCUGUUACCAUGUUGCCAAGUUGAUUUGUGUUUUGUUUUCCUGUCAUACCAGGACAAUGUUGCCAGAGUUGAGCGAAAACAUUCAUAACAUGUCAAGUGCAAUGUUGUGGUUGUGUACUCUUUGUGCGUAAACAGAUCUUUUCUAUUUAUUGAUGUGUUUCGUGUGCUUGACAACGAUGGCAUGCUAAUAUAUUCAUGUUGCAUGGGCUUACCUUUGCCUGCUUUGACGUACGCGUACUGUUCUUAUCGAACGUCACACGCUGGCUUUGUUUUGGCUUCUGGAUGUGUUCUGUUUAUUUUUAAACCUCUGAACAGAUCUCAUUUAAAAUGAGGAGUUCUGAGGAAACGUGCUAUGUUGUGAGGAAAAAUCACAUGGCAUGCAAGGUCAACAGAAAAGAACAUAGCCAAAAUUUGAGGUUAGGAACUCUUGUAUAUGUUGAGUAUGCAAUCAAAGACGAGAUAGUAGCCGUGCGAAUUGACAAUAGCGAAAGACUUUAUGGACCCUUUGAUGAACAUUUGUGGGAGUGUCCGAUGGGGAACAUCGUACCUUUCAACAAUGCCUUGAAGCCAUUUAUUUUGGCUGUAUCAUCACCAACUGAGCGGGUUGCACUUGCUCUAGAUGAAGAUCUUUGUGAGACAUUGGUUGCAAUUGAAGUUGGCAGCUUGGUUUACUUACUGCCAAAGAAGUCCCCUACUGGUGCCAGUACCAAUGGAAUGCAGCAUUUGAAAGAAGCAAUUGUGAAGUACAAAGGACCUGUCCAUCAGAUGGGAUUUGGAAUUUACUUUGGACUUGAAUUAUUGGAUGCAGAACCAGGAGAUUCUGAUGCUUGCGAUGGAUCUUACUCAGGGUCCUCGCGCUAUUUUUCAUGCCCUCCUGGAAGGGGUGUUUUUGUGGCUGUAAACAGGUUAAGACCAAUAUCUGAUUUGGUCUCUUCACCUCUCACCCCAGCACACUUUAAUAGCAAUUCAACAUCAACACAGCAGAACCAGUUUCCUUUUCGAUCAUGUGUGGUCCAAGAAGUCAGAGCAAAAUUUGAAAGCAUGUCACAUGGAACUCAAGUAUCCCCCUGUGUUGAACGUACUGAAAAAUUGAUCGAUCUCAGCCCAAAUAGGAGUCCUAUACAAAUGGAUGAGCAGCCUCUCAGAGUAGGAGAGAGAGUUGUUUGGUUCAGAGAUUCAGGACAGGAACAUGGGGUCGUGCGAUGGUUGGGAAAUCUUGACCCUGAGAAAAGCGACUUACAUGCUGGAGUUGAAUUUGACAAUCCAAUUGGUAAAACAAGUGGAACUUAUAAGGGAAGAAGAUUAUUUGAAGCUAAAAAGAAUCAUGCAUCAUUUUUACCAGUUUUGGGUUUGGUAAGAGCAGAUGAUUUGUAUGACAAUUCUUCCUCUAUUGACUUACUUAAAAAGAAAAAGAAGCCUUCUGACAUUGUUUCAAAAGGUAUCAGCUCAUCAAAUUCAAUUAGCAGUGGUGUUCUUAGACCUGACCAACUGUAUACACCAUCAAAGAAUGGUGUUCCAGACACCAAAUGGACCUCCGAUCAAGAUUCUACUGAUAGCACUGUGAAUACAAAUGGUGUUCUGUUGAGCCCAUUAAGCUCUGAGCCUUCAAAAUCUUUCUUUAAAAAUGAUACUGUGCAUUAUAAAGACAAAAGAGAAAGCUACUAUAAAGAUACAGAUGGAAACAAUCAUGCAUUAAGUAGCUUAUCAUCUAGCUUAAAGUCAACUGAAAAACUUAAUGUGAAGAUCAAUGACUCAUUCGGUGUCUUAAAUGAUCUUGUUGAUACCAAUGGAACCAAACACAGAAAUACAGCACGGCCACCAAAAGUUAACAAUGGAGAGAAUGAAAGCAUACGUUCAGACUUUGAGUGGGUGGGUGGUAAAUCACAAGCUUGGGCAAGUAGAACUAAACAAGAAUCUAGCCCAAGCUCAAAUGACCGUCUGGGGAAAGUGAAUGCCUGCAAAGAUCAAUCUAGUCAACGAACUCAGCAUGACACAAACGAUAUUGACCCGGAUACUCUUCAUCGUCAAAGUCCAGAUGAUCCAAUUCUUGGCGGUGCCGAGGGUUACUAUGAUACACCUGAAUUUCAUGAAUUUCAAGAGCUGCAGGAUGUUCCAGAACCUGCUAUUCAGUCAGAUUUAGGAGUAGGGUCUGUUGUUGAAGUUCCAGUUCAUGGAGAACCCAUGUAUGGAGUUAUUCGCUGGAUUGGUACCAUACCUGAUGACAAGAAGGCCCGCAAAGUCGCAGGAAUUGAAAUGGAGGAGGAACGAGCAGGCUUCACAGAUGGAACUUUCCGCAAUCAUCGUUACUUUACAUGUAAUCCUCAACGAGCUCUAUUUGUCAAUAUAAACCAGUGUCAGAAAGACAGCCGUUUCCAGGAGCCUGCACCAAGUACAUGCACUGAUACAAAAAGUAAAACCUUUGGACAGGUAGAUUGUCCUGUCAUUCCUGGCAUAGUGAGACCAGUAGCUGUGAGUGGAGAUCUCCAAAGCAAAUGUGGAAAAUUUCAUGGUAUUCAAGGUCAUCACAAUUCUUGCUAUCUUGAUGCCACCCUAUUCAGUAUGUUUACUUUCACAAGUGUAUUUGACAGCUUAUUAUAUCGACCACCAACUGAUAAGGACUGUGUCCAGUAUGAAGAAGUUCAAAGAGUGUUACGUGAGGAAAUUGUGAAUCCAUUACGUGCCAAACUUUUUGUUCGUGCUGAUAGAGUAAUGAAAUUGAGAACACUCUUAGAGAACCACAGCUCAGUUACUGGCCUCACAAGUGAAGAGAAAGAUCCAGAGGAGUUUUUAAAUUCUCUUGUGGCCCAGAUCCUGCGGGCAGAACCUUAUCUAAAACUGAGUUCCGGACAGGAAGCAUAUCAUUACCAACUCUUUGUUGAAAAAGAUGAACAGCUUAAACUUCCAUCUGUUCAAAAACUUUUUGAACAAAGCUUCUUUGCUAGUGAUAUAAAAUUAAAAGAGGUCCCAUCCUGCCUCAUCAUUCAAAUGCCAAGGUUCGGAAAGUCCUUUAAAAUGUAUCCUAGAAUACUUCCAUCUCAAGUUCUAGAUGUUACAGAUGUAAUAGAAGACUCUCCUCGCCAGUGUACUGUUUGUGGGAAACUUGCAGAAUAUGAAUGUAAAGAAUGCAUGGAUUAUUUUGAUGUAGGUCUUGACAAUAUCGCUUACUGUGAGGUCUGCCUUAGGAGAGCACAUUCUCAUCAGAGACGUAGUAACCACGUGUGGCGGCGGCUCAGUGUACCAAUGGACUUUAAAUCUUUACAAGAAGCCUGUUCCACAAUACCACGUCUUUACAUGGAACUAUUUGCUGUUGUCUGUAUUGAAACAUCACAUUAUGUAGCCUUUGUUAAGUGUGGGAGUGGAUUGGAUGCUCCCUGGUGCUUUUUUGACUCCAUGGCGGAUCGGAAGGGAGAACAGAAUGGAUACAACAUUCCUGAAAUGGUGCCAUGCCCUGACCUGCCUUACUGGCUUUCUGACAAAGGUGCCCAGUCUCUGAUGGAUGUGAGGGACAACCGGCAGCUACCUGAACAUGCUAAGCGAUUGUUGUGUGAUGCAUAUAUGUGUAUGUAUCAGAGUUCAGAUGUUAUGAUGUACAGAUGAGGAAGACUAAUGACCAUACUCUUUUAAUAAUAAUAACUAAUGUAAGUGAAAUAAUUUAUUUUAGUUAGAGCUUUAAAGUUUACGUCUUUCAAUCCAUGAGAGCUGUGAGUUCAUUUAAUACAAAUGCUUUUUAUAUAUUUCUUUCUUACAUGUGAUAAUAAGAUAUGUACUCUUUAUCUGAGUUGUUUGUUAGAAUGUGAUUGUGCAAGAGAAUUUCAGUCUGAGGCUGUUGUGACUAGAAAAUGGUCAUAUUACAUAUUUAUUAGAUUUUUAAAUGUUUGUUCUGAGAGAUAGAAAGAUUUUAUUGUCGUGAAAAUUCUACUUAUCUUCUGAGAGUAGGGUGUUUGUCUCCUGCUUACUAGUUUUUGUUUACAAUUCCUUCAGUUUGCGUUUGUUCAACUAAAAUUUCACUAUGUGCUCAUUUUUAUCAAUGGACACACAUCACACUUUAUGAUAAUGGUAAGCACCCUUGUAAUUUGUUCCUCUCCUGUCUUGAGGUAACUGGUUGUUAUUUGUUAAAUAAACAAAGGUCUGUUUUGUUUA